AUGCCGCGAUCCGAAAAUCGGUCAUUGGCUGACCUGCCACUGGACAUUAUCAUGGAGAUUUUAUUCUACCUCCCCUUUCAAGAUCUGGAAAGUUUGUCGAAAACAUGCAAAACAUUGCGAGUGUUGAGCAAUGAAAGCGUCACCUACCAUAGAUCGGUCAAUGGAAAAAGUACUGCUGCCCAAUGGACCAAGCGACUGUUAUUCGAUUUUCUGCACGUCAUCAACCAAAAAGAACAUUUGUUGAACCUGGUGGCUACCGAGAAAACCUCGAUCGUUAACGCUAUUCGCGACUUGCAAGCCCGCUUUGAACUCGGAACUCAAGUCCCAUUGCUCGGUCAAUCAGAACAUUCUCAACCUCAAGAACUGACAGACGUAGCGAUAGAAAGUGAAUCUCCUACAGCGGAUAUCAGCCUUCAAGAAUCGGGAGUACAAUGCUCAGUAACAGUGAGGAGAAAUAGCGCUCUUAUCGACAAAGAUGGACUUGCCUAUCUCAAAAUCCUUCAAGGGUUUCAACGAAUCGCCACAAACAGUCACAAAUUAUCAAAAGAAAAAUCUAGCCAUAAAUCUGGUAGCGCAACAGCGUCUAAAUCCGAGGACGCCACUGAUCGGCCUGAAACCCCAACUAAGAGGGCAAAUAUCAACGUUGCUCUCACGCCCUUUGAAUUCCAGACUUACCCUUCGAAUUCAAAAGGCUUCACAGAGGGAGUACAUUGUGAUGACCACUCUCCGGAUUCGUCGUAUCACUCCCGGUCGACCAGCUCUAUCUUCUCCGAAGUACCGAAACUUUCAGAUUUGGCUUGGUCAUAUUCAGAUGAGCUCAAAAAUCUCGACAAUGGCUCAACAGACUCAGAAAGUGAACAUAGCUCAGAUUCUAGCUCUUCUACCAAGUACUUGAGGGAGCUACAGCGUUCUACAAAGGUCAGUGACAAGAAAUAUCUAUUUGAGCGGCUUAACACGCGGAUUCAAAAGAUCAACGAUCCCUUAAAUUCUAAAGAUGGUUGCGAAAAGAAAGAUUUAGCGCCUGCACUGCGACCGGCGUCCAUCACCACUAGGAGUUUAUCGCAGGGUUACCUUGUCGAAGUGGAGCGUUGCAAUUCGCACUUGCCGUCAGGCAUGCCUUUAGAAGCUUCCAAGAGCUCGCUGGGAUUUCUUACUAGAUACGAAGAGCAUCUUGCAAACGGAAUGAAUCUCACAUCCCAUGAAACAACCCGCAAAAGAAACAAACAAAGGCGGCAAAACCAAGCCCCUCACAGAAGAACUCUAAUUGCUAAGAUUACAGACAAAAACAGAAUUUCUUACGAGAAAUGCUAA